GUGCCGCAGGCUGCUGAGAACCAGCCUUCGACCUCUGCUUGAGGGCCCUUCCUCUGAAGACAUCACCAGUGUGUGGAGCCUGCCCCACACCCACCCCCUGCCAAACCACGGCCUUUACCUGUGUCUUCCGGUGUUUCCCGUGCGACCCAUCCUGUGGGAGUGCCUCGUGGGCAGCCCCGGAGUUCACUCCACACUCAGCGGCGCCAAUGGUGAAGAUGACAAGAUCCAAGACUUUCCAGGCAUAUCUGCCCUCCUGCCACCGGACCUACAGCUGUAUUCACUGCAGAGCUCAUUUGGCCAAUCAUGAUGAACUGAUUUCCAAGUCGUUCCAAGGAAGUCAAGGACGAGCAUACCUCUUUAACUCAGUAGUGAACGUGGGCUGCGGGCCUGCAGAAGAGCGAGUGUUGCUAACAGGACUGCAUGCAGUCGCAGACAUUUACUGUGAAAACUGCAAAACCACUCUGGGCUGGAAAUACGAACAUGCUUUUGAAAGCAGCCAGAAAUAUAAAGAAGGCAAAUACAUCAUUGAAUUAGCACACAUGAUCAAAGACAAUGGCUGGGACUGAUUGAACAGCAUUGACCCAACCCAGUGUCCACGUGAACGCCAUCCAACUGAACAUUCUACCCAAGCGUGAGAGAGUGACUGAACACUUGGUUCCAUCCAUGUAGGGGCCUUGCCAUCUGGGGCAUCCUCCCACCCUGACGCCAUCUUUCUGGUGACUGGCCUCUAAAUUACUGUCUCUCUGUCUCUUUGCUUUGUAUCUGUUUGUGAGUUGAUCCUGGCUUCUCUCUCUGUUCUAGUGUUGGCUGAAAACAAAACAACAAAAGGAACAGAUCCUUGACCGCAUGGCGGCAGCCCACCUUGAUAAGGGCCCCAGGGGCCAUCCACGAGCUGCCUGAUGGCUUCUUGUCUGGAGAGCAGUGGCAUAGGGGUGUGAGGAAGAGGGAAAAGGGAACCCUUCAGGACUUGGGGGUAGGCAGGGGGUGGGAGGGUGGAGUUAGGAAUUACAUUGCACUGCUCCUGGAGACGUGGUAACUUAGGCUUGAAAUAAUUGAGUUGUCUAAAAGGACAAAGAAAAAAAAAUACCUCAUGACUGAAUUCUCUCUAAUGAGAAGUAUCUGUUCCUGACACCAGUUGUGCCAGGUUAGCAACUGAGCACAAGAAGUGGCCCAAAUUCAAGCUGGUGAGGCAAGGGCCUGAUUGUCUUAGAUUGAGUUGAAGAGUGUCCCAGAAGCAUUGAGUGUCUCGGGAAAGCCUGGGUGGGUUUUGGUAACUCUGGUGCCUCACUUGGCCUCUGGGUAUCAUCUUCAUUGCCUCUUUAGCACCCGUAGGUGAGGGGAGAAGAGCCUGCCAUUUGCAGUAGAUGCAAGAUCCAGAUAUUCCAAAGGCUUUAGUCAGCAACCAAGUAAAAUCAAGGAUUGAGAAGAGCAGGGAACAUAGGGAGAGUUCAUGAAGAAAUGACUCAGCUAUUGAGCCAGAAAAAUAAACAGUAGAACCAGUUAGCAAUUCUGUCUUUCUUUCUGACCCUUAAUAAGAGAAAUACGGCGAAGGGUGGGGAUUGAGUAGAAAUAGUGCCAGGAGUUGCUUAGAUUUGAACCAGUAUAGGUUAGGUGCCUCUUUUCUCUUCAGAUAUGCAGUGGCUUCAGUGGGAUCAGCAAUUCUUUGUUCUUAAGAGUUUUCGAUUUUUUCCCCCAGUUCUGCCAUGGUGGACUGUGGGAAAUGAAGGCCCAAGGCCUUUGAGUUUAGUGAUAAUCUGGCUGGUAGAUUCCUCAUGCCCCUAGUUGUUCUCCUAGGACCCGAAUGUCUUGUAUGGAGGGAAAUCCUGUCAGCAUGGUCCAGCAAUGGGGCAGGUUACAGAUUCCAUUAUUACCCCUGGCCCAGCACCUCUGCACCAAACUUCAUUAUGUCAGGAAGUACGGAACAGCUGUUUGUAAGGCUCAUGAAAAGAAGAGGAGUUUGUUACAUUUAAUUAACACUGUGAAGUCUACCCUAGAGCAAUUCAGCCAGUACACGGUGCAUGAUCAAAACUCCCUUAAUGGAGUUCACUUCAUUUCCUAGACUAAAAAUAUUGCUGUUAAGCUAUGUGUGUGCAUUAGGUGAUUCUCAGCAUCUCAUUCUCUAAGUACACUGAUCUAUAGGAAAACUCACCCUAAAGUCUCACAGAAGAGUUCAUAGAAGUAAGAAUCUAUAAAAUUGGUUAACCAAAAUGAAAAGCAGCCAACCCAGGACAUUUUCAGAAUGUAGCAGAACCAAAUUGUUAUGGGGAGCGAGUCCAUGGUAGAAGUGUCCUUUUUUGUCUCCAUGUGCUGAUUGCAGAAAGGGGGGACCUGAGAUGGGCAUGGUCCUGCCCUACCAGUGGUGAGUGGCAGGACUACAGGGAAGCAGGGUAGCUCUAGUUUAGCAGUGGAUUGCCUCUGUAUGAUGAAAGGAUUCUUAGAAGUCAAAUUUUGUUCCCCAAGCCUUUUUGUCCAAAUAUUUCCGAUGCUAUAGUAGCCCUGGGAGAUCAAGAACAUUGUUUCCCCCCAUUUUACUGCAGGGCAUACUGAAGUUCAGAAAUAUUUAAUUUCUGCUCUCAGGAAAAACAGUUCCUCUGGCUCCUAGGCCCAAAUUCUCAAUAAAAAAACAUUUUUCAACUUUCACAUUCCUAAACUGGCUUGCCAGAACAAAAAGUAAUGAUUUCCCCUCUCUAUUCCUCCUGAAGGAAGGGACUUUUAUUUAUGAAUUUUGAAUAGAUUUUUUGCUUAGGAAAUAUCCUGGCUAAUGCUAAGUCCUAUCCAUAAGAAGAAAAUGGGGGAUGGGGAGCAAAUAUGGGUUGACAUUCAUCUUUAAAACUAAAAAAUAGAAUGUGGUGACAUAGAAACCAGACAUGGGAAAACCUGGAAUUUUCAGAGGACAGAGGAGGAGACCAGUAUACCACUGUUCUUUGAGAUGGGGUCUUUGACUGUUGUGUGCACUGAGUAGGCUCCAGUCAGACCCUGGUUUUAGUUUUUAUCCAUUAUCCAUUGGGCAUCCAGUGGGUGCAUAGUACCAUACCUGGUAUGAGAGAGUUGAAUAGAGUAUUGGUUUUCCCAUAACUAGAGGGGAAACAACAACAACUCAUUAUUAGUUUUCCCUUUGUGUCGAUGAAACCGAAAGUGCUUCUUAUAAUGUUAGCGCCAUCCAUGGCUUGUCUAUCUGACAUUUAGCAGUAUGGGAGAGGCCAUAGCUGAGCGAUGGAGAUGUAUCAACUCAUGGCCUCAAACGAAUCAUCUUUUAAUUUUCUCACCAAAUUAUUGACUCAGAGCAUAACCAAAGACCUCAUCCGUUCACCCUUGGUAGGUUCAGGGAAUUGGAGUUUGUUGAUGAAGCUUGGGUAGGGAGUAGGGAAGAGAUAGGGAGAUGUAAGAAAGGGAAAGGCAUGGAGUUGUAUACCUCAGCCAGCAGCUGCCUUCAUUUUGAACUGAAGUCCAGCCGGCAGACUCUGUAGUUCCAUCUCCCCUGUGCCACCACUGAAGGUUGUACAGCCUUGGCCCCCCCUGGAGUAUACACAGACCCCCAGGAUAUAGUCUCAGGCUACUGAUGGGUUGAUUUGACAUGAACCAAAUACAGCCAAACUUGAUGCCCACAGGUUGUCAGCUGGGCCUGACUGAGUACUGCCCCACCUCCUAUGACAGUAAGAUCACGUAGGUAGGAUAGAGUACAUUUUUACAGGUGGAUCAGUGUGUGCAAAAGAGAUGUCCCUUUAUAAAGAGAUUUUCGAGUGGAUAUAUAGAAAAGAAACAGUUGCUUGUAAAAUAUACUUUUGUAAAUAAUAUUUAAUUUUUUAAAUAAUAUAUUUGGUGCUGUUUUCUCAGAUCCCCUGAGAGCACUUUUUAUUUUCAUUUUAAAUUCUAUGAUUUCCUCUGCAUUUCUUGAAACAUAUUUUAAGGGAAACAGUGAUCACCAAUAUACUUUUUUUAAAAUGAGCUCUGUUACUUUAAUCUGGAUCAAGGCUUUAAAGCAAUGCAUUUUUUCCCCAAUGGAAUAGGCUCUGCAGUACAUUACAAGGUUGAGAAUGAAAAACCUUUCUAGCAUCAGUAUUGGCUUAAAAAGAAAAAAAGUAAAAUUAGUAUUAACAACAUAGAGUGAUUCCUUUUGUUGGAAGAAUUCCCAACAAAUUAGAAUCUCGUUUUUAAUGUGUGUGUGUGUGUGUGUGUGUGUGUGUGUGUGUGUGAAAGCACUUUGGAUUGUGCCUCCUAUUUUCUUUUUUAUUGGGGACACUAUAACUACAGUUUACACCUUGGGCGCAUAGUUUUUCUUCUCUCUGGUUGUUUUUGUUUCUCAGUGGACCAAUAGCACAAACCGCAAGGAUUUUUUCUCCCCGAGCAUGGCGCUGUUGCCAGAUUGCUCCUUUUUCUCUCUGUGCUCAAUUCUCAUAGACUAUAGAGGAAAUCCGCAAAGACGAAGCAGAGUCAAAUCUGUGCUGUGAUGUGAGCGUGUGAAUCAUGUAUCCCACGGUUCUGUUGACUUAGAAGCCACAUCGUGUUAAACAUGAACAGGUUUGGGUUAAAAAACAUUAAUAAAAUAAUGCACAUACCUUGUAGGUACAGUUUUU